AAUGCGCGCGCGCAGUCACGGCUAGAGUUCAAUUAGUAGCUCGCUAUGAGAGGCCGCGCGCGCAUCAUUCGAGUAAUUAGGUUGUGAUUUCUGUUAUGAAAAAGGUGUUUUGUUUUGUUGUUGAAAGGAGAAAAGAGAAGAUUUAUAAGGAGGGAGAGAUUUUACGGCUCUGGGAUAGGUUUAGAUAAGGUACAGAGCAAUGGCUGAAAUAAGCAAGCACAUGUUUGAGAGCGCCUGCAGCGACCUCCACUGCAGUGUGAUUCUUCACCCGUGGGACAGGAGUUGCUGGUCUUCAUCCAUACAGACAUACAAAGAUUCAUUGAUUGGCAGCGCUCGGUUCUAUGCAAUUAUACAUUUGGCACAAAACUUAAUACGUGGCAAGAAAAUACUACAAAAAGAGGAACUAAAGAAAGCUCUAGAAUACUAUCUCAGGUCAACCCUUCUAGGGUCUCUCAUAAGCGGAACAUGUGUGUCACUUGGCUGCUUACUUAGGUUACUAUUGGGUAGAAAAUUCACCUAUUACACCUACUUGAUGAUUCCCAAUAUGAUUAAUGGGAUAUUUAUAUUAUUAGAACCCCCUUCGCGAAGAGGCCUCGUUAUCAACUUAUUCAGUAACUUGGUAAUUGAAUACUGGUUACAAUCACUACACCGUUCAGGAUUUUUGGCGCUAACAAAAUCGAAGCAAACAUUUUUGUUCAUGUUGGGUAGUUCUAUCCUCUUCUAUCUCAUGCGAUUAGAGGGAGACAAGGAGAAGAGAACACCCUUAUUAUGGUUAUUUACACCGGAGAAAGUGCGAAGAAAAACGGACGAUUCCAAGAACGUGUGUCCUCACAAUGGGCCCUGUUUGAAGUAUAUUUUUAAGGGUACAUCAAUCUAUUUCGGCGCUGGUUUAGCACUAACGUUGGCUAAGACUGUACUACCACGGCUCGGGAACCCCUUGAAGGCUCUAUCGAGUAUUCGUGGCAGACACUUCAAAAUGGCCAUGUUCUUCGGAAGCUAUAUCGGUAUCUACAGAGCUGUCAUCUGCUACCUGUGCCGUAAGCGCGGUUAUGACUCAGCAAUGUACGCAUUACCAGCUGGAUACAUCGCAGGUUUAUCGUUUCUAUUCAAGCCGAACCUUGGAUUCGCGAUCGCAGCAUUAACGGGAGCGUUCAAGAUCUACUCCACAACACUAUACGAAAAGAAGAUAUUACCAGAGAAUAUUCCUCUUCCUCUUAUUAUGUACUGUGUCUGUCAAGGGAUCUUGUUUCACACACGUUUCAUGCACCCAGACGUUUGUCCCAGUUAUGUAGUCAACCUUAUAAAGAGCGUUAGUAAUGGAAGAUCUGAAAUACUCUACAAGAACAUGUUAGAAGCAGUGAAGAGAUCCUUAUGAAAAUAAUUUUAACCUUAGGUUAAGGUGAAUGGCUUUACUUUAAUAGUGUAAUUAGAAUAAUAUUAAGAUUUAUAAUUAAAGGUGCUGAUCAAAGAUAUUGCUUUAAUGUUAAUAUAUUAUGUAUUUGAAUAACUUCGAAAUAUGUUUAGAUAUAUUGAAGUUUAAAUGGUAAGUGAUAGCUUCAUACAGUUUAUAAC